AUGGCUUCUGCUAGCAGAACGCAGUUCGCAGGCUCGCCCAACCUGCCUUCUUCCGAUUUUUCCUCUUCCCCCGUCGAUCCCCUUUCCGAAAAACUGAGCGUUCAGCGCGCUGUCCUUGACUACCUCCUCGAUAUUUCUGAGUCCGCCGAAGAGGACAUUGCAGCUGCCAGGGCUGAGAUUGCGAACCUUGAGCGUCAGAUCGCCCAAGCCGGGAGCAAAGCUGCUCCACCAGCCGCCCACAUGGGAGAUGCUGGCAGGGACGAACUCGCUGGAGGUAAUCACGGGAGCCAUAGCCAAUCAACCGCUUCGGCGAUGGAUUCAACCUCAGGUAUUGUAGCGCCGCAGGGCCCUGGUCUUUCGUCGCGGAAGCGCUCCCUUGGGAGCUCGCAUCUCGACAUUGAUCCAUCCUACCGGGCACUCAACAAGUCAAGGAGGACUACGCCAGACCCGGGAUUGGAUGCUUUCCAGCCCGGCUUCGAUGAUUUUGGCGACAGCGACUUUCAAGACUUCUCGGUUAUUGACCUUACUGGGGACAAUGAUGACGAGUGGCGAUUGACGAUCCAGCGCCAGAAAGAAGAAGAGGACCGACUACGCCGUAGGAAAGCAGACGUGGAUCGCGACGCUGCUCUGGCAAGGCAUUGGGCCGCGCAAACAUCAACCCCUACCAACGGUUAUGCGACUACUGAAUCGUCCCAUCCUGCUCAAACCGAUGCUUCUAGUUGGAUCCUAGGCAGAUACGCUCAACCUUCGAUAUCCGUUCACACCGAUCAGUCCCGCAUAAAUCCGAAGCCUGACACUCCUCUGGUCACUAGACCUCGUGAUUUCCCUGGUUCCGGCGCAGAUUUCCUUGCGGGGCAGAGUGGACCGAGCAACUUGCUAAGAUCUCCUCAGACUGUAUCUGAGUCGGAAGCUAACCGAUAUCGGGUACCGGGCGCGUACGUGGACUCCGAUAGCGAUGAUGGUGGGUUAGUCCCUGGAAGGGUCCGAUAUCCAACCGCUGGCCCUUCUCGGGCUUCGGUAAACCCGGUUCCUCCCAGUCUAUCGCAUCAUGCUCCGGGUCCCCUGCCCUCGCUGCCAACCCCAUUUGGCAGCUUUGGCACAGCCAACCACUAUUCCCCCAGCACUCCGGCCAUUGAGUUGGCCCGACAGUCUUCCAUGGCACGGCAAGACCCACACAUCUUUGGAUCUCCCUCUCCCCUCACGGCAAACGCCCCAACUUUUCUGUCGGUUAGCCCAGAUCGGCCAGGCUCCAUGAAUAUGAAGACUUACCCAUGGCUGAGUGCCCCGGUGACCCCGCUUCCAAGUCUUGCAACAGCUAUCAAUCGUGUCAGCACCUAUAACUUCGACACCUUGGUUGAUGGGGAUGGAAACCCGUUUGACAAGCGCCUCGUCAACUUUCUCGACGACUUCGUCAACGACCCCCGGAAGACAGAUGAAGAUGUUCAAAAGCUCUUGUCAAACAUUCGCCCCGACAUGGAUAUUCCCGAAGAAGAGCGUGGCGAAACGCCUGAAGCCAUGAAAUACCCUCUUUACCCGCACCAGCAACUCGCGCUCAAGUGGAUGAAAGAUAUGGAAGAGGGGUCAAACAAGGGCGGUAUAUUGGCUGAUGAUAUGGGCCUUGGCAAGACUAUCUCGACUCUGUCCUUAAUGGUUUCACGACAAUCUUCCGACGACAUCAAGACCAAUCUUAUCAUCGGACCCGUCGCCCUCAUCAAGCAGUGGGAGCACGAAGUGAUGAAGAAGCUGAAGGAUUCACAUCGGAUGAGCGUCCUACUUCUCCACCAGAGGAAACGGCACCUCUACACUGAGCUGAGGAGAUACUCCGUCGUGCUGACCACCUACGGAUCGAUAGCCUCUGAAUGGAGACAGUACAAGCAACACGUCGAGCAGCGUAAGGAUGCAGAAGGGUACGACGAGGGAGAGGACAUGGAACUUGCCAGAAAAUGUCCCUUGCUUCACCCACACAGCAAAUUCUACCGCGUCAUCUUGGAUGAAGCCCAAUGCAUCAAGAACAAGGACACUCAGGGUUCUCUGGCGGUGCACAAGAUCAAUGCCACCUACCGAUGGUGUCUCACUGGAACCCCAAUGAUGAACAAUGUGACGGAGCUGUACCCACUAAUCCGUUUCUUGAGAAUUCGACCGUACUGCGAUUUCAAGACAUUCCAGCGAGACUUCCGGGGACUCGCGGCGAAAAGCAAUACCGCAGCCUAUACCAGGGAUACUGCCAUGCGGAAGUUGCAAGCUGUUCUAAAGGCGAUUAUGCUAAGGCGAAUGAAGAACUCGAUGAUUGAUGGCAAACCAAUCUUGACGCUGCCCGAGAAAACCGAGAUCUCGGAACAUGUCGUAUUCUCGGAAGACGAACAGCAGUUCUAUAAGGAUCUCGAAUCACGGACUCAGAUUCAAUUCAACAGAUAUUUACGCGCGGGUACUGUCGCCAAGAACUACUCCAACAUCCUUGCUCUCUUACUGCGGCUGCGUCAAGCGUGCUGUCAUCCUCACUUGAUGGACUUUGAGUAUGUCGGCAGCGCUACGUCUGAUACUGAGAUGGUAGAGUUGGCCAAGGAUAUGACGGCUGCCGUUGUUGAGCGCAUCAAGGCGAUCGAAGCGUUCGAGUGCCCCAUCUGUUACGACGUUGUUGCAGAUCCAGUUCUCCUGAUUCCCUGCGGCCACGACACGUGCUCCGAGUGUUUUGCUUCCCUCACCGACAACUCAGCGCAGAACAACAUCAGGUCUGGUAACGAGAAUGGGGCCGCUAGGUGUCCUGUGUGUCGCGGCCCCGUCGACCCUGCCAAAGUGACUAAUUAUACCUCUUUCCAGAAGGCUCACAUGCCCGAGAGGGUCGAGCCAGCUGAGGCCGAGGAACUGCUUGACUCGGAUACCGAAUCUUCGACGGCCGACGAUACGGACUCCGAUGCCGAAUCUGUUGGGAGUCUUGCUGAUUUCGUUGUUCCCGAUGACGUGGAUGAGUUUGGCAGCGAUGAAGAUGCCAGGAUUGACCCCGAACUAGCUGCGGUCUCCAAGAUGAAGGAGACCAGGAAGACCAAGGAGACCGAAGAGGCCAGGCAGGCCAGGCAGGUCAGGAAGCAGUCUAGGAAGGCCAAGAAGAGCAGCAAAGCCGAAGGAAAGAUCAAGUCCAAGUCCGACGAAGUCAAGCCUUACAUGUUAAAGACACUUCGUAACGAGGCAAGCAAGAACAAGGAGGCUCGCCGCAAGUACAUGCAUUACCUUCGGGACAACUGGGAAGACUCAGCCAAGGUCAGCAGGGUAAUUGAGCUCCUUGGAGAGAUUCAAGAGACGAAUGAGAAGACCAUCAUCUUCUCGCAGUGGACCGCCCUUCUUGAUCUGAUCGAAUGCCAGAUCAAGUACAAUCUCAAGAUCCGAUACCGCCGUUACACCGGCGAUAUGUCGAGGAACCAGCGCGACGAGUCUGUCAGGGACUUCACGGAGGAUCCCAACACCCGGGUUCUGCUGGUCUCGCUGCGAGCCGGGAACGCCGGUCUCAACCUGACUACUGCGUCUCGUGUCAUCAUUUGCGAUCCGUUCUGGAAUCCCUACAUUGAGAUGCAGGCCGUCGACAGGGCGCACCGGAUUGGCCAGCAGCGUGAGGUCAAGGUUCACCGGGUUUUGGUCAAGGAGACUGUCGAGGACAGGAUCUUGGACCUGCAAGAAGAGAAGCGCCGGCUUGUAGAGGCGGCGCUGGAUGAGGGCUCGAGCAAGAGUGUUGGCAGGCUUGGCGAGCAAGAGCUUCGCUACCUGUUUGGCGUCAAUCAGGCUCGCUGA